AUGUCUCAGGAGAAGUUAAUACAAGAAGCCAUGGAUACACUUCUUGAUAAUGAAAUCCGGACGCAACCGAUGAGGACAGUCAUAAUCAAGUUUACAAAUGUAAUUGAAGGAAAAGUGGAAAGAUUUCGUAAGACUCUGCUUGGCAAACGGGUUGAUUAUUCAGGGCGUUCUGUCAAUGUCGUAGGCCCUUCCGUUUCAUCACAUCAGUGUGGAUUACCGCGCGAAAUAGCAAUCGAGCUUUUCCAGCCAUUUGUAAUUUAUGGUCUAAUUAGACAACAUCUUGCUUCGAGCAUAAGAGAAAAAGAACUGAUUGUAUGGGAAAUACUUCAUGGAAUUAUGCAGGGGCAUCCUGUAUUACUGAAAAGAUCACCCACUCUGCAUACAUUGGGCAUACAGGCAUUCCAACCCGUUUCUUCUGAGUGA